AUACGAAUUUUACUUUCUUCAUUCUUGCCGACUGGCGACUGCCACCGCUCGUAGCAAUCUCAUAAAUUGGUUCUUAAUUAGUAAUUACAAUACCGUUUUAAUUAUAAAUAUAUAUACAUGAUAUAACGUUGUCCUGAGUAAUUAUAUAUUUAAUUGUGAACACUGGGACAUUGGUUAACCGCUCCUUGUCAGGCAUGUGGAAUUAAUUAUUGGAGGCAUUUGUUGAUUUGUGUAUUCCAAUUAUCAGCACCGGGAUGAUGGUUUACCAAACGAAAACUGGAGUUCUAUGUUCGCAUUAAAUAAACGCGAGGUUAUAACCAUUAAACAAUAAAUAUAAAUUAUAAAUUUGAAGUAAACUUCUAGUCUAAAAUGCAAGACUUUACAAGUGAUUCUAAUACCCAGCAAAGCACAGUUUCAUUGGCUUUUCUUCGUUUAUCUCAGAAACUUCAAAAAUUUCUUGAUGACAUCACACCAUUUCGAACAGCCAGAUGGAUAGGAGCACUUGUAUUUAUUCUUUUAUUUAUGAUAAGAAUAAUAAUGCUACAGGGAUGGUACAUAAUAACGUACGCAUUAGGUAUAUACCAUUUAAAUUUAUUCAUUGCAUUCCUUACACCAAAAAUAGAUCCAGCUAUGGAUGAGUUUGAAGAUGAUUCUGGUCCAUCGUUGCCAACACGAGCAAAUGAAGAAUUCAGGCCAUUUAUUCGCCGAUUACCUGAAUUUAAAUUUUGGUACUCGGUAAUAAAAUCUACAUUAUUGUCAAUAUUUUUGACAUUUUUCCAAUUCUUUGACGUUCCUGUAUUUUGGCCUAUUCUUGUCUUAUACUUUAUUGUUCUAUUUUGUAUAACAAUGAAACGCCAAAUAAUGCAUAUGAUCAGAUACAGAUAUUUACCAUUCACUCACAGUAAGCCCAAAUAUCAAGGUCAUGAUGAGAGUGGAAAGCUAUCUCUAAUUCCAGAAAAAUUGGUACCAGUUGUCACUCAAAAUGUAACAUGAUCAGAUAUUUUAUGUCUGUCUAAUUAAUUUUGUUUUUAUUGUACACAGAUAUUAUAUUAUAAUAAUUAACUUAAAGGUAAAACUAAAAUGUUAAUAUUAUAUUCAGUUACUUGAACCCAAAUAAUAGAUAAUUGGGCUAUUAAUUUUUUUUUGUUAUAAUAUUUAGUA